CCCGGGGGUGGCUCUAGAGAGCCGGACCUCGCCGGCCCGGGCUGGGACCAUGGUGUUUCUCUCUGGAAAUGCCUCUGACAGUUCCAACUGCACCCAUCCGCCGGCACCGGUGAACGUAUCCAAGGCCAUUCUGCUCGGGGUGAUCUUGGGGGGCCUCAUCAUUUUCGGUGUGCUGGGCAACAUCCUAGUGAUCCUAUCCGUGGCCUGCCACCGGCAUCUGCACUCGGUCACGCACUACUACAUCGUCAACCUGGCGGUAGCCGAUCUCCUCCUCACCUCCACGGUGCUGCCCUUCUCUGCUAUCUUCGAGAUCCUGGGCUACUGGGCCUUUGGCAGGGUCUUCUGCAAUAUCUGGGCGGCCGUGGACGUCCUGUGCUGCACGGCGUCGAUCAUGGGACUCUGCAUCAUCUCCAUCGACCGCUACAUCGGUGUGAGCUACCCGCUGCGCUACCCCGCCAUCGUCACCCAGAAGAGGGGUCUCAUGGCUCUGCUCUGUGUCUGGGCGCUCUCGCUCGUCAUCUCCAUCGGGCCUCUGUUUGGCUGGAGGCAGCCGGCCCCUGAGGAUGAGACCAUCUGCCAGAUCACCGAGGAGCCAGGCUAUGUGCUCUUCUCGGCGCUGGGCUCCUUCUACGUGCCGCUGACCAUCAUCCUGGUCAUGUACUGCCGGGUCUACGUGGUGGCCAAGAGGGAAAGCCGGGGCCUCAAGUCUGGCCUCAAGACUGACAAGUCGGACUCGGAGCAGGUGACGCUCCGCAUCCAUCGGAAAAAUGCCCCAGAAGGAGGCAGCGGGGUGCCUAGCGCCAAGAACAAGACGCACUUCUCAGUGAGGCUCCUCAAGUUUUCCCGGGAGAAGAAAGCGGCCAAAACGCUGGGCAUCGUGGUCGGCUGCUUCGUCCUCUGCUGGCUGCCUUUUUUCUUAGUGAUGCCCAUCGGGUCUUUCUUCCCUGAUUUCAAGCCCUCAGAAACAGUUUUUAAAAUAGCGUUUUGGCUCGGAUACCUAAACAGCUGCAUCAACCCCAUUAUAUAUCCAUGCUCCAGUCAAGAGUUUAAAAAGGCCUUUCAGAAUGUUUUGAGAAUCCAGUGUCUCCGAAGAAAGCAAUCUUCCAAACACGCCCUGGGCUAUACCCUGCACCCACCCAGCCAUGCCCUGGAGGGCCAACACAAAGAUCUGGUGCGCAUUCCAGUGGGAUCUGGAGAGACCUUCUAUAAGAUCUCCAAGACGGAUGGGGUCUGUGAAUGGAAAUUUUUCUCUUCGAUGCCCCGUGAAUCCACCAGGAUCACCAUGUCCAAAGACCAGUCAGCCUGCACCACAGCCCGGCUGCUUCGCUCCCGCAUAAUGAAUGAGGUUCAAGGUCCUGAAUGCACGGGUAGCAUGCUGGAAUGAGCCUCAUGAUCCAGGUAUACCCUUCCUGAACUCUGAACGAUACCACAUGCUUAGCUUGAGAGGAUACUGACUGGUCCCCAGAAAAUCGUCUAAAGCAGGAAUUUGCAAAUAGUUUUCGACAGAGGCCCGUUUAUUCUGGUAAAAGAUACAGGAGCCUGUUCGCUUCAUCUAUCCCCUCUUUCUACAGGAAUGCGGGGAACUUGCUUUAUGUGUAUCAAACUUUGGUAAACCUUCAUAAUUCUGAAUAUCACUAAAGCUGAAGAUGAUUAUGAUAUGUGAACAUUAAAAUAUUUUUCACAUCCCACAGUAAGAAUUUAAAAUAAGAUUUACGUUCUUAGAAUAAUUCUGGACUAGCAUCACUGGUCUAAAACUACUGGACCGUUUCUGUGGCCUCCUCUCCCUCUUUGAGUAAUUUCCUCUAAGAACUGCAAACAGAUUGCAGCCACUGUUUAACUUUCACAGCAAAGGGAGGAGCUUGUGACCUUUUCUUCGUCCCUUGCAGCAAAAUGAUAAUUUCUUCAAGUGCAGCUUGAAGGCUAAUACCUUUGCACACUGCCAUGGGGGCGGGGAGGGGAGUAUGUUUGCAUGUGGAUUUGAGUUUGUGGUUGGUUGUUCUGGAAUAUAAAAUAUUUUGUUUUUCAACCCUUUCUGGAGAAUGUCUUCUUGCUGACCAGACACAUACUAUGUAUGCCUUGUGCUUAUAACUUUGACUCGGGCAUUAGAUACUGGCUGGAUUUUUAGACUCUUGGUCUGUCUGCAUGUCUUGUAACUGCUCUACCUGAUGUGGGUGUCCUAUUACAGAUGUACAUCAAGAAAGGACUUGAAUAUACAAAAGAUAAGUUUCAUUAUUGAGAGGAGUUUCUUCCAGGAUCUGAAUUUUAAAACCACUUUUCCCAGGCUCCCUUUUACAGGAAGAGCAUCCCCAAGAAAAGAAUGGUAAAUGUUCUGUUUCUGUAAAAUAUGGCUCUCUUAAACACAUUUCUGGACAACUUUAAA